GUCUGUCAGAAUACGGCUGGGGAAGAAUAAAGCGGGAGUGAAUGGGGCUUCACUGGAUUAUGUUUUUAUUGAUUCUGUUUAAUGUGUUUUUUUAUCUUUAGAGAAAAAAGCACGGGGUGCGUUUCCCGCUCUCUUUUUUUGCAUAAUCCUUUUUUUCUAUAGAUUUUUUUGCUCGUUAUUCGGCGCGUGCCUGUGAGCACCGUGUCCUCCUGGUUGCCUGGUAACGCGCGCGCGCGGCGGUGGGCGCUCCUGACCUUGCGUCCGCGACCGCGCUGCGCGCUCCCGCGCUCAAAAAUUGAGCUGGGGAGAUCGGGGGUCUUAAUUAUAAAAUAAGAAGAUAAAAAAACCGGGGAAAACGCGCGGAGGCGAGGCGGCGCGAGGCGGUGGAUCUGAUCAGCAGCAGGAUGAGAUUAAAGAUUCAGGACACGCAUAGGCGCGAGACCGAGCGCGCGACACACCGGAUGUCGGAUUCGGCAGGUGUACACCAAGUGUAAAGGAACUCAUGCUGUGAGGGGCAGCCAAGAUUUACCUGCAGAUUCCCUGACCAAUGGCAUCAUCCAUACAGAAACCACCUGGCUGAGAGUCAGAGGUUCACAUCCAAUUGAGUGUGUGUGUAUGUGUGUGCAAGGUGGUGAAAGAGCCUGUGUGUGUGUAUGAGUUAAAGAGAAAGUUAGUUAGGCUGUAAUUUGUAAAGACUGUAAAUGGUGAACAUGCACAUGAGUGUGUGAAUCUAGUCACACUUACCUAAGUGUGAGGUGUGUGAGUGUGUGUGAGGUGAAAGAGACCAUGUGGCACACACGGAUGAGAGAUCACCCGGCAUACACACAACGACUCUGGCGACCUCUGACUUUUGCCCUGAGUGGGCUGUGCUGGGUGUGGCUGCCAUGGUGCAUCUCGAUGGCAGCGGCGUUGAGCUACCAGCCCACGGUGAACACGGCUCUGGGACGCCUGCGAGGGAUGCGGGUCGCUGUGGCGGCAGAAGGACUGGGCCCAGUGGAUCAGUAUCUAGGUGUGCCAUACGCAGCCCCCCCAGUAGGGGAGAAGCGCUUCAUGCCCCCAGAUGCCCCUUCUGCCUGGUCUGGGGUACGGAAUGCUACACGGUUUUCACCUGUCUGUCCGCAGACUGUCCGGAAUGCUGUGCCGGAUAUCAUGAUGCCCAUCUGGGCCACGUACAACCUGGACACGGUGGCAACGUAUCUGCAGGAGCAGAGCGAGGACUGCCUAUACCUCAACAUCUACGUCCCAACACAGAGUGGCACUAAGAAAGCGGGAGGGGAAUCGGACGAUGACGGACUGCGUGAGGCCCGUGAGGACCCCCGGCCAGUGAUGCUGUUUAUUCAUGGUGGAUCUUACAUGGAGGGAACUGGAAAUAUCAUGGAUGGCAGCGUCCUCGCCAGCUACGGCAAUGUCAUCGUCAUCACACUUAACUACAGAGUGGGAAUACUGGGCUUCUUGAGUACCGGUGAUCAAGCUGCUAAAGGAAAUUACGGGCUGCUGGAUCAGAUCCAGGCUCUGCGCUGGAUCAGUAAAAAUAUUGGGUAUUUCGGAGGAGAUCCAGGUCGCGUCACGGUUUUUGGAUCAGGAAUUGGAGCAUCAUGUGUCAGUCUGCUCACUCUCUCCCACCACUCAGAGGGUCUGUUCCACCGAGCGAUCAUCCAGAGUGGAUCUGCUUUGUCCAGCUGGUCAGUAAACUACCAGCCGGUGAAGUACACCCGUCUGCUGGCCGAGCGCGUGGGCUGCAAUGUGCUGGAUACACAUGACCUGGUGCUGUGCAUGCAGAAGCGCAGCUACAGGGAGCUGGUGGAGCAGGAUAUCCAGCCCGCGCGCUUCCACAUCGCCUUUGGCCCUGUCAUUGAUGGCGACCUUAUUCCAGAUGACCCAGAGGUGCUGAUGGAGCAGGGCGAGUUCCUCAACUACGACAUCAUGCUGGGCGUCAACCAGGGGGAGGGACUCCGCUUUGUUGAAGGUGUUGUGGAACCUGAGGAGGGUGGGGUAUCCGGAUCGGAUUUUGAUUUCGCCGUGUCGGAUUUUGUGGAUGGUCUCUAUGGUUACCCAGAGGGGAAGGACACACUGAGGGAGACGAUAAAGUUCAUGUACACGGACUGGGCAGACCGGGAUAACCCUGAGACCCGCCGCAAGACGCUGGUGGCCAUGUUCACUGACCACCAGUGGGUGGAGCCUGCGAUGGUGACUGCAGACCUGCACGCCCGCUAUGGAUCCCCAACGUUCUUCUACGCAUUCUACCACCACUGCCAGAGCCCCAUGAAGCCGGCCUGGGCUGACUCCGCCCACGGAGAUGAAAUCCCCUACGUGUUUGGAAUUCCACUGAUUGGACCAACUGAGCUUUUCCCCUGCAACUUCUCACGCAAUGACAUCAUGCUCAGCGCUGUUGUGAUGACUUACUGGACCAACUUUGCCAAAACUGGAGACCCAAACAAGCCUGUUCCUCAGGACACAAAGUUCAUCCACACAAAGGCAAACCGCUUUGAGGAAGUUUCCUGGUCGAAGUACAGCCCUCACGAUCAGCUGUACCUGCACAUCGGCCUGAAGCCCCGCGUCCGCGACCACUAUCGCGCCACCAAGGUGGCCUUCUGGAAGCACCUGGUACCCCACCUGUACAACCUGCAUGACAUGUUCCACUACACCUCCACCACCACCCGCGUCCCCCCGGCUCAGACCACACACAGCACCCGCAGCUCCACGCCUCGGCCAGGAGGGGGUGGCAAGGCUCGAACGCCCGGCAAACGACCACCGCCUCAGUCCACGGCCCGCAGCGGCCCGCUGGUCAUCGCGAACCCGCGGGAUUACUCCACCGAGCUUAGCGUGACAAUCGCCGUGGGAGCUUCGCUGCUGUUCCUCAACGUGCUAGCUUUCGCUGCGCUCUACUACCGCAAGGACAAGCGCAGUCGCCAGGACACGCCCCCACAGCCUGCCACCCAGCGCCAGGCCCCACCCAACGACCUCAACUACACACCCACUUCCCUUGGCGGGUGUGAGAAGGAGGAGGGGUCUCUUUGCGACCCGCUGCGCUUGACUCCGGCCUCGUCUCCAAGAGAUUACACCCUGACCCUGCGCCGCUCCCCCGACGACAUCCCGCUCAUGACCCCCAACUCCGCCUCCACCAUGACGCCUAAUAGUGUCGCCAUGACGCCCAACAGCGUCACAAUGACGCCCAACACCAUCACAAUGUCACCCAGUUCCCUGAUGGGGUAUCCAAGCAUGCACCCCUACAACACCUUCACACACGGAUACAACAACACCGGCCUUCCCCACUCACACUCGACAACCAGAGUAUAACACAGCACUUACCACUGGUCCAAACCAGCCAGUUUCAGACAGUUUUAACAUAUAUAAGCAUAACCAGCAUUUACAGCUACAGUUUGACCAGUUCAAACCAGUUCAAAUCUGUUCACACAGCAACACAGACUUCAGCAGAUUUUAGCACUGGUAGAACAAAGUACAGGAAUCCAGCAAAUCCCCAUAGACCUCCAGUGUUAAUGUGCAUUUUCACACACACACACACACACACACACACACACAUCACCCAGACACUUACAUAACUAUUAACUGACUUGUGCCAAUCCCUGCUCCCCACAGGGCACUGUUGUAAUUUUGCCAGUUUUACCUUAACAGACGGACAGCAGAUGGUGUCACCUGACAGCGUGAAGCCCCUCACUCUCUUGUUUACAAGAUUUACAGAGCGAGUGCAUGGGUGUGAUGAAACUGAGCCAACUUCAAACAAGCUAAAUAAACUAAUUGCCAAAUUGCAGAUACUUAGGGGAUACUGCUAUAAAACUUUCAUAGGGCAUAUUUACUCCAUUUUCUAAAUCUUAUUCUUUAGCUACUCAUGGUACAGUUCUCUAAAAUGACUUUUUCUAACAGUUGAUAAUGUAUAAAGAGCGCACUUUGAUUAAAGUUAAGUCUGAAGUACAAGGAUUUCUUUAGUGACAGCUCCAAGUGAGCACUUGAUAGGUUUACAGCACUUACAAUUAGUUUAAAUCAUAAUAAUUCAGUUAAAAUCAGCAAAUUAAAACUAAAAUACGUAAGUGUAAUCACGCAGAUGGUCUGUUGUCAGUUCUUUAGUAUUUCUAAAACCUGAAGAACCAACUAUGCAUUCUCCAACACAUCAUCACAGGUUGCUUGUACCUGUGGAGAUUGAAUGAUGGCGUUUAGUUAGAGAAUGGUUGGUUUUGGUUGGACAGUGAUGGUGACUGUUAAAGACUGGUGGUGUUUUGGAGGAGAAAGGUAGUGUUUGGGUGGAGCAUGGUUUGUUUAGAGAAUGUGUCUUCUUGUGUUUGGUGCUGCAUGAUGAGGUUUGGUUGGAGAAUGGUGGUCUUUGAUAGAGAAAUAACACGUUUAAUGUACAAUAUUGGUGGUUGAUAGAAUGUAUGCAGAAUGAUGGUGUUUAAUAAAGAAUGAUGGUGUUUGAUGGAGACUGCUGGUGGGGUUUGGUGCAGAAUGAUGUAUGGUGUUUAGUGGAGAAUGGUGAUGUUUGGAUAGAGAAUAAUGGUGUUUGAUUAAGAAUGGUGAUGAGUGGUUGGAGAAUGGUGGCGUUGGGUGAAGAAUGAUGGUGUUUAGUGACGAAUGAUGUUUUUUUUUGGAGAACAGUGAUGUUUGGUGAGGAAUUUUAUUUUAUGUUUAUAGGAGAAUGGUGAUGAUUGGUGAAGAAUGAUUAUAUAUGCCAAAAAAAUGAUGGUGUUUAGUGAAGAAUGGUAAUGCUUGAAUAGAGAAUAAUGAUGUUUGAUUAAGAAUGGUGAUGAUUGUUGAUUGAUGAUUGAUGAUUUUAGUCGGAGAAUUAUGGUGUUUAGUUGGAGAAUGAUGGUGUUGGUUGAAGGAUGAUGCUGUUAUUGGAAAAUGAGGCUGUUUAUUUGAGAAUCGGGAUGUUUGGUUGGAGAAAGAGUGUGUGGUUGGAGAAUAAUGGUGUUUAGUAGAGAGUGAUGGGUCACAGUUCUCUGCAUUUAACACCUCAGAACAUCAACCACAAUAAAACUACCUAUACUUUAAACCAGUUUUGAACCAGUCAAUAGUUUAUUGGAAAAAAACAGUAAUGAACAAUUCACCUUUCCACAAUCCUCACUGUAAAUCAUCUCACUACAGUAACUAAGGAGAAACACAGUUGUGGGCAGAGCUUGGGGAAGAGGAGCGGAGUGGAUUACGGAUUAUUUUGUGCUAAUUUAAGCAGGGCACUUUUUUGUCCAAUCACGUGCCAAUUUCCUUUUCUUCUGUUCAUCAGACUGUGAUGCUCUUUACACACUGUUCAUACACACAUACUGGAUUGUGAAGGGAUUGUGUCCGGACUGUGCCAUGUUGUCGAGCGGAGUGGAAGACUGUACUGUACUGCGGUGCUGCGGCUGGACUAUAUGGAGUGGUCUGGCAUAAAACUCACUUUUCAAACCUUUAUAGACAAUCAGAAAAAAAAACUGAGGCUCCAGAACUUUCUCCACUGUGCCACAAACCAUCUGUCAUGUCUGUUGUAAUAAGACAGUAAUAACAUGUGUAAUAAUGAGUAAUAACUAUGUCUGUACAGUCUCUGUAUUAGAUCUAUUAACUCUGUACAGGCCGCUUUGGUUUGGAGGCGUUAUUAUCACUAAUCUUGUUAACGCUCUGCUUAUUUUCACAGCCUGGAAAGCUGUUAGAGGACAAAACAAAAUGGAUUGAUGUUAAGAUUGUUUUCAUUUGUAUUUUUCAUUUAUUCGCUUCGUUUCUCCGCAAGGAGGACUAAUAGAUUCAUCUUCAGCUCGAGGGCUUUUAUUACGAAGAACAGCAGUUUAGAUUAAUCUUCACAGAAUCUCUCGGUAGAAUUUCGCUGAGGGAGUUUUAUACAGAAGCUCAUUCCCACCAGGUGCAGGAGAAACAACUCACCAACCUCUCACCUGUGUUUUAUUUCUGCAUUUCUUUUAUUUCUUUAUUUUAGUCAGACAGAUAUAAAUCGUAUUUACAUCCUAAUCAGAAAGUUUUCUAUGAAUGAUCUGAUUUCCUUGUCAAGAGAGUCGAGGCCUUCUCUGCUGCAGCUGUUUUGUUUAUCAUGAUUCUCAAAUCAAACUGAUCAGAGUCAGCUUUAAAAUGUGUGGGUUAAUAAUUUUUGCUUCUGUGGCUUAAUGUUGUGAAAUAAUUUGACAGUAUACAUUACUAAAGGCAAUGUGCAAUUGAGGUGAAAGAGCAUUAGUCCAAAUCUCACAGCAACUUUACAAAAUCUGCUAAUCCUUAAAUCUAUAUUAUAGAAUUUGUUUUCUCACUGUUUUCUCUUAAUGAAUAUGGCCCAGUAUCUCAAAAAAAUACUUAUUUUAUUAAAGAUUUUGACCAUAAUGACUUUCUCCUUAAAGUUAUGACUUAAUGUAUCUAAAACAUAAAAUUAUUUUUUUUCUAUAAAUGUCAAGUUUUAUUAAAAGGAAUUUUUACUCAAAACUUCUCAAACUGCAGCCAGAAACAAAAAACAGGUGAUUUAUUUCUCCUCUGUCUGAUGGGAAUAGACUGAAUGUCUUCAUACUAUUGGCAGAUAUAUCUCUUUAUUCUGAUCUGUCUGAUGGGUUCUGGGUUCUGAUCAGUUUUAGAUGCUCUGUGUUUCUGCGUCUGAUUGAUUUGGUACGUUUACGUUCUGUGUUUUCGGAUUAUCGUCGCUAUUUCUGUAUGUUUACGACGUUCUUAAGUAGUUCGCCAUUUGCUGGCUUUUGCUAAAUGGGACAAAUUGCUCUAUUGUUUCUAAUGAAAUAUGAAUGUGUGAAUAUACGAAGAUUAUAGGGCUUCUAUAGCAGCGAAUGUGUGUGUGUGUGUGUGUGUGUGUGUGUGUGACUGUGUGCUAACUGGGACAGUGCGAAAUCGCUAACUGCCGGUGCCAAUCACAGGCACGAUGAGCUCGGAGAGUGUUACCAUAGUAACAGCUGACCGCAGGGUAGGCUAUGCCAGUAGUGAUGUCAUCCAGCUGCGCCGCUAGUUAGCCCAGCGCUAACCUCCCCCUUGAAUACUGACCCAAGGCGAACGCUAACGUUUGUGCCAAAUUUCUAUAAAAACAACUUUUCUCAUAACCAGCAGAACAAUUGUUCCAGUCUCUCUCUCUAUCUAUCUAUCUAUCUAUCUAUCUAUCUAUCUAUCUAUCUAUCUAUCUAUCUAUCUAUCUAUCUAUCUAUCUAUCUAUCUAUCUAUCUAUCUAUCUUUGUGUGUAAAUACUUACUGCUUUAUAACACUUCUCUCUCUCUCUUUUUAUUCUGUCCUUUAAACUUCUUAGAUCUGAAACCUCUCUUUCUCUAACUUUGUCUCUUCUUCUUUUCUCUUUAUUCCCCCUCUCCCUUGCUUUUCUCAGCUCUUUUUUCUUUUGUUAAUUUGUCUUUCUACUUUUUCUCUUCCUUUCUAUUUAUUCUCUCCCAUGUUCUUCCAUUAUACAUUUUCUUUUUUCCUUUAUUCUCUCUAUCUCUCUCUAUAUAUAUAUAAGCUUUUAUCCCCCUCUCUCGUCCCCUUUUAUACGCUGUACACAUGUCUAUCCUCAGAUUUGCAGUAAAUAUUCAGUUUGCUUA